AUGCGAUUCACAUUCUUCAAACCAUCUAUCUAUCUAUCUAUCUAUCUAUGCGAUGACCUUCUUCAAUCUAUCUAUCUAUCUCUAUCUAUCUAUGCGAUUCACUUCUUCAAACCAUUCAUCUAUCUAUCUAUCUAUCUAUGCGAUUCACUUCUUCAAUCUAUCUAUCUAUCUAUCUACGAUUCACUUCUUCAAUCUAUCUAUCAACUAUCUAUCUAUCUAUCUAUCUAUCUAUCUAUCUAUACGAUUCACUUCUUCAAACCAAUAUCUAUCUAUCUAUCUUAUCUAUCUAUCUAUACGGAUUCCUUCUUCAAUCUAUCUAUCUAUCUAUCUAUCUAUCUAUCUAUCUAUCUAUCUAUCUAUCUAUCUAUAAAAUUUCCUUCUUCAAACUAUCUAUCUAUCUAUCUAUGCGAUUCUUUUCAAUCUAUCUAUCUAUCUAUCUAUCUAUCUAUCUAUCUAUCUAUCUAUGCGAUUGGACUCUUCAAACCAUCUAUCUAUAUCAUAUCAUCUAUCUAUGGGAUUAAAUUUUCUUCAAACUAUCUAUCUAUCUAUCUAUCUAUGCGAUUCACUUCUUCAAACCAUUCUAUAUCUAUCUAUCUAUCUAUCUAUACGAUUCACUUCUUCAAUCUAUCUAUCUAUCUAUCUAUCUAUCUAUCUAUCCAUCUAUGCGAUUCCUUCUUCAAACUAUCUAUCUAUCUAUCCAUCUAUCUAUGCGAUUCACUUCUUCAAUCUAUCUAUCCAUCUAGUCUAUUCAUCUAUCUAUCAUCUAUCCAUCAUUCCAUCUAUCUAUCUAUGCGAUUCCUUCUUCAAACUAUCAUCUAA